UCAAACAGAUAAUCUUAAUUGGGGUUCUAAGUAAUUUACAAAAUAAUUACAUUAAUAUGUCCUGUACUUAAAAAUAUACUAUAAAUGAAUGCAAUUUAAUUUUCUUCAGUCAGUUGUAGAGCAACGUUGGAGGUAAAUCAGACUUCCGAUAUGAAAGGUAUAGGAGUGUUACUGCUUUUUGCAGUAACUUUCUGUGAAGGUGCGGUGACGAGUCGAAAAGAAUGUUCAACUGAUACCCAAUUGAUUCCUCAUGAAAAUUGUAAUCAAUAUUAUCAUUGCGUCCAUGGUCUUCUCAUAGUUCGUAAUUGCUCUGCUAAUCUUUAUUUUAAUCCGGAGACUGAAAAGUGUGACUGGCCUAUAAAUGUUGAUUGUGACAAUUAUGAAGAUAACGAUGCAGACGAUUGCAGCUCAGGUAAAGCUGAAGGACAAUUUUUAGUUCACGAAAACUGUAACCAGUACUACAGAUGCGUUCAUGGAAACUUAAUUGAAUAUACUUGUAACCCGGGUCUGGAAUUCAAUUUUGAAACUCUACAAUGCGAUUGGUCUCAUAAUGUCAAUUGUGAUGAAGUAACUCCAACACCUGAUGAUAUAACUUCAGUAACAGAAACAGAUAUACCUGAUGUGGAAAUAACUACACCUACGGAUAAUUGCGAAAAAGAUCUAGAAGAGUGUAGUAAAGAAAAGGAGAGUAAUGAAGAAAGUAGCAUUGAAAAUGUUAGCAAUAAAAGUGCCAGUAAUGAAAAUGAUACAAAAGAAGUUGACAGCAACGAAGAUGAGAGUCAAGAAAACAGUAGUGAAGACUCCAGUAUUGAAUCUAAAAGUAGUGAAGAGGCCAGUAAAGAAGAUAAUAGCAAUGAAGAUACUGAAACAGAUAUAGAAAAAAUAUGUGCAGGCGAAAAUUCUGAUGGAGUGUUGAUCCCUCAUGAAGAUUGCAGCAAGUUUUACAUUUGUUCGGGAGGCAAACCUGUGGUUACGAAUUGCCCAUCCGAUCUUUUAUAUAAUCCUGAUACUGCAAAAUGUGAUUGGCCUAAAAACGUUGAUUGUGAUAAUAACAAAAAGUCUUACUUAAAGAAGAAGCUUGAAGUAGCUGUUAUUGUUACUGUACAAGGGAAAAAAAAUGUUUGAAAAUUGCUUCAAAUAAAUUGUGAAUAUUUCAUUAAAAAUAAAAUAUAACAUAAUUGUUCAUA